CUACCUUAUUUCACACCUUCCAAGCCGUCAGCACACAUGAAUUCAUUUGAAUGUUGCAGGAGCUCUGCUGCCCUGUGGGUCAUUGCAGAGAGUUGAAGGUUAUGUGCAGCAGUGCACCAGUUUGAGGGCAAGUUUGGGCUCCAGGAUCCCGAUUGCACUGUGCACUAAGUGUGAUCUCAGUUUCUGUGGUCACUGCUGGUUUAUUUUUUUCCCACAGAAUUAUAGGACUGAUUAGGUUGGAAGGGACUUCACCAUCAUCUCAUCCAAUCCCCCUGCUCAACCGGGGGCACCUACAGCGGGGGGACCAGGACUGUCUCCAGUUGGGUUUUCAGUAUCUCCACAGCAGAAGCCUACCCAGCCUGUCUGGGCAACUUUUUCUGUAUUUGACCACCCCCUUGUUUAACAACAACAACAAAAUUGUUUUCUUGUGUUCAGAGUGUUUUCAUGUGUUCGGACGGGAUCUCACAUCUUCCAAUUUGUGCCCACUGCCUCUCAUCCUGUCUCUAGACACUGCUACCACGAAUAGUCUGCCUAUUUUCCUUCCCUCCCAUCAGCUAUCUAUACACACUGAUCAGACUUCCCCUGAGCCUUCUCUCCAGAGCGAGCAGUCCCAGCUCUUGGCCUGUCAUACAAAAAACUCUCUAGUCCCUCAGCCACCUGAGCAGCCCUUUGCUGGACUCUGGUAUGUCCACAUCUGUGCUAAGAGCCCAGAAUGAGGCAGCACCCUGGGUGUAGAGGAGGGAUUGCCUCCUGUGACCCGCUUCCUAAUGCCCCUGAAGCUGCUGGCUGGGGUGAGGUUUGCUGCUGGGCUCACCCAUGUGCCCCAGGCCGGGACGGUGCUUGGUUGUGGGAUUUCUGAGUGGAGCUGCCGGGCUCUGGAAGAGGCGAUGCUCCUGGCUCCUUGUAGGAAGGAGUGAAUGCCCCGAGGCAGCCGGUAACCGGGCGCUCACCAUGGCAGCGGGGGAACAAACUGGGACAGACCCUGAGCAGGUGGAACCUUGGCAGGCUGCGGGUUGAGUGAUGGUGCAGGUCAGGACCCCAACCACACGUGGUGUGGCAGGCAUGGGGCGGCUUUGUCCCUGGCUCAGGCUUGGCUGAGGGAGUUUCUGUCCUGGUGGUGCCUCUUACCCCGUGGGAGCCGUAUGGCUGAAAGCCCUCAGUGUCUCUGCAUCUCUGGGGUGGGUUUGUGGUACUCUGAGUGGUGCUGCGGGCUCCCUGGCACGAGGCAAUGGGCACAAACUGGUUUUCAGAGCUUUCUGGGCUGCUCCUAGCCACUCUGUUGUGACAUCUGCCUCAUACCCCCAAAAGCAUCCCUGUGGCCCUCUUCAAGCACUGCUGCAGCUACCAGGCAGGGCUCCCACACCUGCGUGCUGCUGCUGAGCCGCAGCCAUUGGGGACGUAAGAGAUGUCUGCAAGGAGAAGCCCCGAGAAGAGCCGGGGUCUGUGUGUUGCCUCUACCUCCUCUCUAGCAGGUGCUGGGACGGGCUGCAGCGUUGUGUGGCUGGAGGCCGUGUCCCUCUUCUGAAUCCUCGCUGCUGAUGCUCGUCCUGGGCUAAGAUGUGUGACAUCGCAGAGCCCUUUGCGUCCUUCCAGGCUGAUGAAGCCGUGGAAGGUGAGGAGGGGUGGCUGUACCUGACAAGGCGCCACAAGGGGCUGGCAGUGAACGCGUGCGCCCACUCCCUCUUCUUCUGCAGGCUUCUCCAGGCCCUCAGACCAAACGGGACCGAGGAGGCCGUGCCGACUUCCCUGGUGGGCAGCCACGGCCUGAAGGUCGGCAUUAUCGGCGGGGGCCACCUCGGGAAGCAGCUGGCCCAAGUGCUACUGGCGCUGGGCCGGGCUCCGCGCCCCUCUAUCCGCAUCUCCACCCGGCGCCCCGAGAGCCUGGCAGACCUGCAGGAGCAGGGCCUCGCCUGCCUCUACGACAAUGCGCAGCUGGCGGCCUGGGCGGACGUCCUGUUCCUCUGCUGCCUGCCAUCACACCUGGCGGCCAUCUGCUCCACCGUGCGGACGGCCAUCAGGAAACCCUGCGUGGUGUACAGCCUCGUCACUGCGGUCCCUCUGCCCAGGUUGAAGCAACUCCUUUGCUACAAUGCCAUCGUGAGGCCACAGUACCAAUGCCCUGGCCAGGAGCCCACGAAGGAGUGGGGGAUGAAGGGGACAAUCACAGCAGCGCUGCAAGACCUUGCUGUUGUGCAGGCAACAUGCCCCCUCAGCUCCCAGGGGAAAAUCAGAGUCAACGGCAAAUGGCUGGUGGGCAUUUUCUAUGCAGCCCUGAACAGCAGCAUGUGGCAGAGCCUGCCUCACCAGAAGGCACUGAAAUUGCUCAAUGACCUCUGCUUUCCUGCACACUGCCCCAUCUGUACCGAGCAGAAAGCUUCCUGCCCGCGGUUUGAGUGCGAGAGUUUUGUCAGCAAAAAUUUUGCCUGUUCAAUGACACAAGAGGAAACCUUCCCCUGGUUUGACCUGACAGCUGCACAGCUGAGAGAGUCUCCCUUCAGCCAGCUGCUAGACAAGAGUGAAUUUCUUCAGAAGCAUCUUGCUCUGCUGUACCAGGCAUCUUUUGGAGACUGGCCUACAAAGCAGCGUGGGCUGAUCAGCACCAAGACAUCUCUUACAUCAGCUGUAGUGGAGCCUGGCGUGGCAUUGGCUCACAAAACCUCACUGCCCACAACUGCUUCCAACAUUUUCUCAGAAAUCCCAGAGGAAACUGCUGACUAUGAUUCUAAAUCCUCGUAAGCUAUAAUGAAGCCCAUGGCAGAAUGCUUUGCUGAGAUCUCAUCCCAAAGGGAUAAAAACCCAGAUAUUGAUAACCCUCUUCCAUCAUUUCCCCUUCCUGGACUCAUGCAGUUUUAUGUGGUAGAGGAACAGACUGUAAGGACUUUGUAUUGCUGGGAAAAAAAUAAUGCCAAAAAGCUAAUAAACCUUUAUUUAUCCACUGCUCGGUUGUAAUACAAGCUAUUGAUGGAGAUCUUCUCUUAUAAAAGAUUACAAACUAGAAUUACAUUCUUUUCAUUCUUUUUCCUCUUUUCUGAAACACCAUUUUGCAUCAAUCUGCAGCUUUGCCAAGCAUAAAACCAGCAUUUUUACUAACAUAUCAGCACUGAGAUCUCUUGAUUCUCACCUUUGGAGACAAGAACCACCUCUCCAUGUACUUGAAGCCUAAUCCGGUUUGUGAAUAAAUUGCUAAGGAUGGCUUUGCUGUGAACAAAGGUCUUGUUGGACAGCUGUGGAAUAUGACAAUGACUGUUGCCUCAGGCUGGACUGGGGAUUGAGAGAAGCAGCACUAUUUGUUCUUGAACUCCUUAAAAGAUGUUCCAGCCAAUAACCUUAUUGAUGCAUUUGCUUUUACAAGUUUUAUACACCAGACUGCUUGGUAAACUUGUUUUUUCCUGA